AUUUGUGUGGUGCGGUUUGAGUGCAACUUAUGGGAGCGAGCACAGUACAUCUUUUUCUAGGCUGGUCUUACAAUUCAGUUUGUGUUCGACUUUACAUUGUUCAGCAGCAGUGGAGCAGUAGAGCAACUAGCAGUGGCACAAGCGUUACAACUUUAAAACUCGUAAUUGUAACGAUUUCAAACAGCUGAUUGCUGGUAGUGCAAGUGCAUUGGCGUGUUGUUAGACAGGUCGUGGUGAGGCAAUGUCUCCUAAUAGCAACUUCCUCAUAGUGCAUAUAUAUACAUACAUAUAUAUCGAAAUAUAACCGUUAAGGAGCCUUCGGGUAUGGAUACGCAAACGCUUACGAACAGCUCCAAUGCGUUGGCUAACGGUGUUCAGUUGGUGAAGGAGCGUAAUCGAAGUAGCAAUAAAGUGAAACUUUGUGGUUAUUUGAAGAAGAAGCGAAAUAAAGUUGGCGGUUGGCGUAAAAUGUGGUUUGUGCUGCAGGAUAAAUUGCUACUUUCCUAUGCAUCGAAGGAGGAGUAUGACAAUAAAUUGGUCUCAUUCAAAGACGUUCUCAAUCUAGUGCCGGGCACAAUGGUACGUCCUUUGGGUGGCUUUCGCUUCACAAUUGAGACCGCAACGCAUGUAAUGUAUACGUUUCACUGCGAUGAUCGAAACGCCUACCGUGAAUGGAUUACCAUGUUAUUGGAUAGUUUGACCACCACAACCAGCUCGAAAAUUAUUUCCGCCAACUCCUCCACCUCGGCGUAUGCGAUGCUACCAAUCCAGCAGCAACGUUUCCGCAAUACAUCUGUCGACAAUAUUCCGUAUGCGCUGUGGUCGGCUGCAGGGCAGAAUUCACAGCGUCAGCGAGAGCUUUCAUCCAGCUGUGACUCGAUGCGCCAGCGUGUGGAGUUGGCAGAUGCCCAGUGUGAAUAUGCGUAUUUGGAGCGCACGGCAAUUGUAAAAACAAGAAAUGGUUUAAAAUCAACGACGCGGCCGCUUUUAGCGCCAGCGUUGUCAGUGCCCAGCAAUGGUAGCGGUGGUGGCGGGGGUGGUAGUAGUGCAGGGGUACGUUUGCCAAUUUUGCGCAGCACAGCGAAGUUACUGGAGCGUAACGGCGUGAAUUCAAGCGAUUCGCUGAAAAAAUAUCAAAAGCAACAACAACACUACCAAAAACGGCAGCAACAGCAGCAGCAACAAGUGAACUGUUGCAACAGGAGUAGUGGCACAACAGCUAGCGCAACAAGUUGUAAAAGCUACAACAAUAAUACUAACGAUAACGUCACAGAUGCGCGUUUAACUACUGAAGCGAGUGCGACCCACUUCCGUUUGCAUUGUGAAAGUAACUGCAGCGAUUUUACCACGCUCGACAAUGGCCGCAAUUCCUCAAGUGCUGGCAGCACAUCUUCCUCAGCUUCCGCAUCCGCUUGCCAUGGACCGAUUAACCAAACAGUCUUGAAAAUAAAUAGCAUGUUCCAGCGACAAUCGGAAAGCGCCAAUGCAAGUCGCCAUUAUGAGGUGAAUAAAGAAUUUUCAAACUAUCCAAAGUCAACACAAGCAAACUGUGAUCAAAACGAAUUUACGCCAAAGUAUAGCAGCGAUAAGUGGUUGUUGGCAGAUAGCUGUUCAAUGAGUGAUGAUGCUGAAGUUGAUGUGGACACUAAUUGUGCAGCGUAUUCCAGCAGCGCCAAAGACAGUCAUGCAAUGGUUAUAGUGAAAGACCAAAUUCAACGCAUGAAUAUCAAAGGCCGGAAGGAAACAGUGUCGUAUGCGAAUGCAGAUGCCACAGUUGAGCGACAUGAGCAGAGGCGUGUUGUCCUAACGAACAAGUUGGAGGAAGAAUCGUUUAUUGAAUCUGGAGCUAGUAUGAACAAAACAGUUGCCGGUGAGGUGAAUGGAAAGUCGAUGGAUAGUGAUGUGGAAAGUGUUGGUGAUGAAGAACAACAACUCGUUGUGGACAGAGCAACGUCGGCGACUUGUAAUAGAUCAUCAGAGCCGAUUUAUGCUGUUGUGGACUUAGCGCACAAAUAUGCGCAGCGACAGCAACGAAAUGUGCAAAACAAUUUGAAAAGUUUAGAGGCGAAUCGGUGUAGAAGCUAUGAAAGCAUUAUACAGGGUGUGGAGCCCAGUGUGGGGCUGACGAAUGGAAAUGGACCGAUGGGGAAAUCAAAUAGUAAUUUAGAUGAGGAUGACAUCGAUGGCAUCUACGAGGAUGGUGAUAACUUUGCUCCGAAUUGUGAGAAUGGUGGAUUACCAAAUGCUGAAGAGGAUGAAAAUAUAUAUGAACCUGUUGGUUUUGACAAUUUUGGCAGCCAAAAGAUCGCCACCUCUGCGACGCAACCUAACGCUUUUUGGCGAUACAUAACACGUUUGAAAGUCAACUCGUUGCUACAGUUUACGCGCAUGCGUCGUCACCAUCACACUGACUAUGACAACAUAGAUUUAUCAACGCCAUCACCGUCGCCUACACCCACAACGAGCAAUAGCAAAACAACAACAUUGGGAAAGAAGCAACCAGCGGGAGCGUCAGCUUCCACUGCAAUACAAACAAACACAUCGUCAUCACAAUUUGCCAGCAUUAAACGCAAAUUUGGCGCACACCGCAAAUCGAUGCAAGUGCGUGUAGGUAAAAUAUGUGCGCGCCACUAUGAACCAAAGACAACUUUCGGCAAUAAACAAGCCACACAUCAACAGGUGAAUGGUAAUGGAGACUUUGCUGGCGGUCGCAGUGGUGGUGGUGUGGUGAACGGUGUCAACAGCGUGGGUGGGGCGGGAAAAAAGUCAAAAUAUCGUUGGAAGUCAGUGAAAAUUAGGCCAAAGCAUUUUAAUAUCGCCUACAAUGGCAAUAACUGUGGCACGAGUUGCACAACGGAUGAUAUAAGCUGUAAAUCGACUAGGCGACAAUCUUUCUUCGGCAGUCUGCCGCAUUUGCGCAAAGCUCGUGUCUCGCUUUUCUCUACGCCAAAUUUACAUUUGACGGCGAAAGAUCAGAAUAGUAAUGUUAGUAAUGUGAGCGAAGUUUUCGAUAAAGUGACCGAGGAUAAGAUACCUGCGGAGCGUAAGCGUGAAUAUAAAGAGCUGAAUGAAAGCAGCUGAGCAUAUACAAUACAUGUACAUACAUACAUAUUUGUGGAAUGGUUAAUAUUACAAUAAUUUUUAAAGGCUGAUGGUAGAUGUACCCAUAGAAAUACCAAUAGUUUAAGUAAAUGCGUGCAAAACUGUUUGUAAAACGGACAAGAAUCGGCUCUUGGAUUCGUAAUUGAGUCAAUAUUAAUACUGGGCUUGACUAAGAAUAUAUAAUACAAGUAUAUACUCCUAAAGGCGUAUGCAAAUACAGACAUUUUAUAUUGUAUUUGAAAAAUGUAAAGUUGUCAAGAAGUUUUUUUAACAACAAAAGCAUCAGUUAUGAUAUAUACUUAUAUAAUAUAUAUAUAUAAGUAUAUA